CCCGACCUCAGCCUGAUGCAGCCUCGUCGAGUGUUUGUUACCUAAUGGCUGUGACCCAAACCCAGUGUUUCACGCCCUUUCGUUACAAUUUGACACUUGUUCCAAGGUUCUUUUUCUCUUCGCCUUCCACGGUCACCAAACCGAGUACUGUCAAGACUGUGUACAUACCUCCAUCCUACUACUGUGAGAGAUCUUAGAUCUUUGCUUAUCGUCUCCAAGAUCCUUAACGAUCAGCUUCCAAGACUCACUUGUAUGAGACCCCUUCGAUCUGCAACUCCAUUCCCGCAAAAAUACUGCAUAUUUUCCAGGUUGGAAAUUUUGUAUAUAUCACACCUCGACCACGCUACAUCACCACGCCAAAGGUACACACGCAAUCGUCUGUACAACCGAAGCUCUUAGAUUCUCGAAGAAAAGGGACAGUCUCAACUCCAACCGACCUCAAUCAUUCUGUUCUUGUCCGUCAACCCCGAUCACUCCUCCCCGUGCGCGGACAGAAGAUCGAAGUUAGGUCUUUCUUGGACGCCGGUUACAGUACCAUGGCGGAAACCACCACAUCCAGUUAUACAAUCCGCUACGCCACACCGUCCGACGUCCCGGUGAUUCUCCAGCUCAUCCAAGAACUCGCCUCGUACGAAAAGGCGCUGCACGAAGUCCUUGCGACGGAACAAUCGCUGCGCGAGACGUUGAGUUUUCCCGACCCAAGUUCUCCGGGGGGUUUCACAAGGGGCUAUGCGAAGACAUUGUUGAUCCUGCCCACGUCUUCUUCUGAGGGUGCCUCGUCGACGCCCGGCGCCGCCGAGAUCGCGGGUAUGGCCCUCUUCUUCCACAACUACAGCACGUGGACAUCUGCACCGGGCAUCUACUUGGAGGACUUGUUCGUGCGGCCGGGGUAUCGUGGGAAGGGUUUCGGCGGGGCGCUGAUCCAGGCUCUCGCGCGAGAGUGUGUACGGCUCGGGUGCAAAAGGCUUGAUUGGAGCGUGUUGAAGUGGAAUGAGCCGAGCAUCAAGUUCUACGAGGGCGCCAAUAUAGGCGCCAAACGUAUGGACGAGUGGAUGGGGAUGAGGGUGGAUGGGGAGAGGCUUGAAGAGUUGGCGAGGAAAGGUCUGGGGGAGGCGUGAGAUGGGCGGAAUGUUAGCAAGAUAGAUGGAUGGAGUCCUGUGUCCAUGAUUCUUCAAAGACUGUCUCGCCCGACCAUGAAUGACUCGUUGAAAGACAUUGCUAGAUCACAUCUGAAAGGCUGCUUGUGGGACGUCGCAGCGAACAGGACAUUGUUGGUAUCAUUGCAGCCCCAUACGGAGACAUCUUCUGCAGAAGCCUCGGUGUAUGAAGUAAAGAUAGG